AACUGACAAACGCACAGGUAUUCCGUCGGUUGGUUUUGUUCAGUGCAGCGAACAUCAUCGAAUAUUCUCGCGAUUUCCAGCUUCAUUCAGUUGCAUCAAAUAAUUAGAUAUGGCAGCGGUUUUGCGUGUGAAACGAAGAAACCACGAGGAACCUCUAGAGGCUUUAGUGAUCGCUUGUAAACGGCGAAAAACUGAAAAUAUCGACGCCGCAGAGACAGCCAGCGACCCUGUCACAGCUGUAUUAAAGUUUGCCGGUACGGUCAAAAAUCAGGCUGACAAUGUCAUCGAGUACAUCAGUAAAACACUCACAAAAGAAGAAUUGAAGGCAAACUUCAAGCAUCAUGUUGUGACCGAUGUUACUUCAAAGACACGUGAACAGACUAAACAGAAAUCACAGGAAAAUCGGUUCAAAGUGGUAAACUACUUUCGCUCUCUCGAACCGAGCGAUGUAGAGGAACUUGUCAACAAAGAAAUUUCUGUAAUUGAUGUCGAAGAUUCCACUUUUCAUAUCCCUGAAGAAACUGCUGUCACUACACAGGAUGAAAACUACGUCUACGAUUUGUAUUAUACACAAACAGGUGACGACAUGCUGAUAGAUCAACUAGUCUCAGUUCACCCGCUUCAAGAGGAGCUGGUAUUUGGCUCCUACAGAGACAACGGAAUAGAUGCAGAAGUAUGCGAUCAGUCCGAAGACUCAAACUCCGAAUCGAAUUGGAGAAACGAUUAUCCGGAUUCCGACCAUUCUGAGAAUUCCAUAUGCGAGGAAGAUAUGCGGUCCGCAGUGAAGAGGAUAAGCCUCAGAGAUGAUAGUGAAGUGUCAAGCGACGAUGAAGACCUUGUUUACGCUCUAGCUGAGGACGAUGUCGACCGCUUCGGCUUCGAAUACGCAAAAUACAAGGCAAGGAUCAAAGCCGAAAUGGACGAUGAUUUUGCCGACGCGGUUUCGGGCUCGGACAGUGACAGCGAAAAUGACGAGUAUCGGCAGUACGAAGACCCAUCUUAGUUUAAAACUGAAGUAAUUAAAUCUCGUUGCACAAUUCGGCGAUAGUUAUAAAAUUAUGAUCAACUAUUACUGCCUAUAUUAUACGUAUUCGAUGGACUAAUUGUUUUGUACUUGAGAGAUUAUAGUAUUAAAAAUUUUCA